AUGCAGAGCAAAAGCUGGUCUAAAAGCUAUGGCGCAACAACAUCCAGUGCAUUGUCCCCUACAGUAGCAUGUACAUGCUUUUGCCUAUCUGUCUAUUUGUCCAGCAGUGGACUCAAAAGGUCACUCACCUUGCUUGGCAAAUGCGAUUGCAACACGUUUAACAGGGGCAUCUUGCAUCUGUCUCCAGGGCCAAUGCACCUGUGCCCCGAUGGUGUGGAUCUGGACCACACGAUGAGUGUGCAUCCACUGCCCUUGCACUGUGUCUGUCGGUAUCCACGGCUGGCCAACCCACCCCAACGCCACUGUUUCAAUAUGGUCUCUGACACGACCAAGAGAUGUGCCUUUAGGGUGGCCCAACACAGCCUAGCCCUUGUCCUGCUCCUGCAGACUUUCUAG